AUGUCCCAAUCAUUGCGCCCGUAUCUUCAAUGUGUCCGCUCCUCUCUGACCGCUGCUCUUUCCCUCUCCAACUUCGCUUCUCAAGCCUCAGAACGACACAAUGUGCCCGAGAUCGAGGCAGCCAGUUCGCCCGAAGUCCUGUUGAACCCUCUCACGAUCGCCCGCAAUGAGAACGAGAAGGUUCUGUUAGAACCCAGUGUGAACAGUGUGCGAGUGAGCAUCAGAAUAAAGCAGGCCGACGAGAUUGAGAAUAUCCUGGUCCAUAAGUUCACCCGGUUCCUGACCCAGCGUGCCGAGUCCUUCUUCAUUCUGCGACGGAAGCCGGUCAAGGGUUAUGAUAUCUCCUUUUUGAUCACCAACACGCAUACGGAAGAAAUGCUCAAGCAUAAGCUGGUGGAUUUCAUUAUCCAAUUCAUGGAGGAAGUCGACAAGGAAAUCUCGGAGAUGAAGCUCUUUCUGAACGCCAGAGCUCGCUUUGUUGCUGAAUCAUUCUUGACUCCGUUCGACUAG